AUGAGCAGAAACAGGCAAAGAGUCAUCGAAAUAGUGGAAAAUUCUUUUUCACGGAGUGAAAAUAUUCCCCCAGAAAGCAUGCUGUUUUCCUACAGAGGUAUUUUAUAUCCUGCUACGCUUAGCAGCCCAGAAACUUUGGAAGCUCUGAAAUCCUUGGAAACCAGAAGUGACAAUAGGAUUCUAGCAGGCUAUCCUAAAACAGGAACCAACUGGCUUGACCAAAUAGUGAGGGAGUUGGAAUCAACAGAUGCCAAAUAUAUAGAAGAAGAAAUAAAAGAGAGAAUAAAUGCUGAAAAGAAGCUAGAGACAUUUCCAUGUGUAGAAUUUGGAGAUCCUGGGAUAUACGAGAUGAUGAAGAAACUGCCUUCCAGAAGAAUUAUACUAACCCAUCUGCCACCUCAUCUCCUGCCCCCAUCCAUUCUCCAAAGCAAGGCUAUGGUGAAUCUUGUGCUAGUUUGGAACUCCAAACACGCGGCUGUCUCCUAUUACCACUUCUACAACAACAUGCCAGUGCUGCCAUCCUUCGCCUCCUGGGAUGAAUACUCUGCUGUUUCUUCUUCGUCUGCAAUGGCCUGGGGAUCCUACUUUGACCACUUAGUGGAAUGGAACAAGUAUAUCGACCAUGAGAGGAUCAUGACGAUAAGCUAUGAGGAACUCAAAGAGGUGCUGGAUCCAUGCCACAGCCAUGGUGUCAAGUCUUUUGUUUUCCUGCUGCACAACAAAGCUAUGAAACAGAAAUCCAUGGAAACCUAUGGAAAGUUUGGGGACAUCCUCUUCCGGAAGGGGGUUGUUGGGAACUGGAGAGACCUCUUCUCUAAAGCUCAGAAUGAAGAAACGGACUGAAAAUUUGAGGACUGCCUAGGAGGAGCAAAAGUGGCUGCAAAGAUGAAAUAUGAUGUGUACUGCAAGGCCUGA